AUUAGACACGAAAGGACUUACUAUUCAGUCCGUCCCGUAUGAUUCGACUAGCAGUGUGCGAACAAAAGCGAAAACAGGGUUGAAGAAAAUUUAAGGAUCCAAAAGAGAAGUCGGAUCCAGUUAUUGCUUUUUUCUCAAAACUAGGAGCCGCUUUGCCUUUAAGUAUUUUCAUCUAUUCAUCUAUUCGAGCAUGUUAUUUCCAACUAAGCAGCGAAGGAAAUUAGAAAACAAAAAUUGAAAGUGUGUCAGUUCUCUUCUAUCCAACACGACGGAUCCUUCGGAUUGAAUUGCAAUGCGAAAAAGUUUUACACGUUCCUUGUUGUGGAAUAAGUGCAACCGUGCAGAAAUCACGACGCUUAACCUACAUCUAAUUUUAAAUAGAAAAGUUUUUCCCGGAGGAAAAUAAUUCCGUGCAGUGUUGUGGUGUGGAUAAAAAUAAAAUUCUUGAAACGCGAAAGUAUCAAACCUGCAAUCAAAUCCACAUCUACGCUACCAAAGUGGAGAAUAAUUACAAGUGUUCUUAUUAUAGUAACCUUCUUUGAAAGCUCACUGAAAAAUCAAUUUCGACUAGCAGUACGCUUCAAACCAACGUAACAAAAGAAAUUGUGGAAUUUCCAAAAAGGAUAAAUGCACGUAACAAAGCUUCCUGCACCACUACAUCUUUAAAGCAGCUUCGCUAAUCAGUGGACGAGAAGUUGAAUUCGGCGGAAGAAUUCUCGCAAAAAGGUCCUCGCCAGCAAACUCAAGAAUAAAUAUAGACGGUACCGCCAACAAAAUGAAGAAACGCGAUACCGAUUUAUGACUCGUAAAAAACAAAUCGGGUGGCUGUAAAAUAAAGGUGACAACCCGUUGUUUACCCGCUACUUCAACUGUAACAACCUAUAACCUAGAGCCACCGAUUAUCACCCUUCCCCAACCACCAACGCCGACCGACCACGAACCAACGACGGUCAGGUUCGAGCUUGGCGCAGGAGCCGAAACCACAUCCAACAUUAAGCACCAUAUCCCUCAACACAUCCUCCCCGAAACUGCCACCCAAAUCGAUAAUAGUGGCAAUUUGGGCCAUAGUAACAAUCAUCAAAAUAGCUCCACAAACGAUUCCGGCAUCGAUAUCAACCAAACCACAAGUCCCGAUACAGCAGCCACCGUGGACCAACAACCGACAGACUACGUUAGGAACAAAUCAACCACACGCAGUUGGCCGGUAAUACACCGGAAUAAUUCCUACCGGUACCAGCUCCAACCGACGGUGCACAAUCACCGACGACAGCAGUCACAUCAAUAUUACCAGUAUGAUUAUGACGCCCUAACCGGGCCUAACUGUCCUUCAAAUGAUACCAACAACAAUAUCAACUACAGCGCAAACGAAGAUUAUCUAGUCAGUAGCAGUUACGAUAAAUCCCCUAGCAUCGAUAGCUAUUAUUUCCAGCACUAUAGGCACAGUAUGCAACAGUCGACCACCACAAUGACCACAGCUGCAGGACAGGGAGGCGCCACUAUCACUUCCACCGCCCAUCAUCAAACGCAAUCCGGUACCACUUGUUGUAUGAUGCCGCCGCCGGUUCUGUUCCUAUUCUUCACCCUACUGAUGACAUCCAGCGCAACGGCCAUGCUCUGCGCGGCCAUCAUGACCGACCACUGGGAACAUGUGUCCUGGAAUCGGGAAAAUUUGGACCGGCUCAGCAACAAGUCGUCUAUCGAGCUGCAGUGGUAUCUCGAUGGGCGGGCGGCGAAGUUUUCCGUGUCCGAUAUGCACAGGAGAUCGGGUGACGGCCGAAGCAGAGACUUUGAUUUCCCCCGAUAUGUGCUGAAACACAACAAGCCACCUAUCGACAAGCGGGCCAAUGUGUUCCUGGUUCCGAUGAAUGGUGGCAUUUGGACGCUCUGUAUCGCCCUAACGCCGGACGAAAUCCGAUCGCUGUCCAGCGAUGGCUUUCCACAGGUCGAUCAGUGCGUCAACUAUCUCGCCGGUAAUGCCGAAAGCGGGCAGAUCAACGAAGAAAAUACCCGCGCGGAGUGGCAACACAGUGAGUUCCAGCCCACAUUACAUCCGCAUUUAAGAAUGCAAAAUUUAUCGAUAUCGUGCUCAUUGGUGUGCCUUAUCAUAUUAGGCAGUGCGGCUUUGGUUGGAGCUUUCGGCGUUUGUCAGCGGCAGAUUAGCGCCGUAUUGGUGACUGGUGUGAUGUACCUGUUGGCCGCACUGUUUGCCCUAUUCACCCUGAUGAUAAUACACUUCAAGCGGCAACAAGGACGACCACUGGCGGAGGUCGACUAUGGCGUCUCCAUCGACGGAGUGGUCGCCGUCAAACCCGACUACAUAUACGCACAACCAUUGCUAGAUGCACGGGUCAUCGUCACCGCCUGGAGUCUCAAUCUUGGCUGGGGUGGGGUUGUCUUGUGCGCGUUUACUUCGUUCCUCUGGAUACUGCUGUCAAAGAUCAUGCGAUUCAACCCACUGUCGGCAAUGAUUUGAUGAUUCAAAAUCAAAUUCAACAAAGUGGCCGUCUACAAUGUGACAUGAAUCGGUUUGUGGUUAUUAUCGUACAAUCUUGCUAACAACAUUCUAUAGCAUUGUUUCCAGCUAACUCAUCAUCUCUAUGCGAUGCGAAGCAACUAAGUUUUCCCAGUCCAUCAAUAUCAGUAGAGACCUACCCGAUUUACAGUUAUCACCGAAUACAUAUUGAAAAAUACCCAUCUAGAACGAAUUCCGUACCACCUCUUAGAGCAUAAUGAAUCAAAGAAAUGCGAACGUUUUUCUCCCUUUUAGAGCAAAUCAUAACUAGAAGAUUUGCACCGCUUCGAAAUAUGAGUAAUCUUAAAAUAGAACAAUUUUCGCUAAACACUAUUUGGAAUAGCUCAUAAAACAACGUCCAUAAGUUACAUCAUGCUUAUAGGGGGAGGGGUUUCGAGAGCAUACAUACAUAAAAAGCACGCUGACGGAGAAAUGAGGGUUUAGAAUGAUAUUUUUGCGUGAUGUAAUUCAUGGCUCUUCCCUAACGAGUCCAUGCGAUUUUCUUCGCAUGCUUUUUGCAGAAUUACGAAAGAUAUUGAAUCAAAACAAAGAAAAUAACUAAACGCAAGGUGCGACUUAUUGCAAUGCUUUCAUUGCUAGAUUUUCUAUUCUAAAUAUUUGUUCCUUUCUCAUGCAUCCCCGGUAAAACUUUAAUGACGAAAGAAUAAAAAUAUCACGAAUAAACUCAUCAAUACAAUAUCAUCAACAAAUACAAAGAGAAGUAACAGAUCUAUCCAAAACGCGAAUGUUUGCCAUUUUUUUCGUAUCAGCAGAGUGAUAGCACUCGCCAUGAAAUCUGGCAUUGUAGAUCAACUACUAUAUUUUAUGUAAAUGCUUUGCCUUAAUGAAAUGAAACAACUUGCAUAAAAGAUUUACUAUACACAAAUAAAUGACAAAACUACUA